AUGGCUACUCGCGGAGGCCGAUCGGCAAAGCCAAAUCAGUUCUGUCAGCGCUGCAAUGAGCUUCUUCAAAAAGCUCAGACGAUUUUCGACGACUCGUCCCGGUUCGAGUGCAAGCAUUGGCCAGACAUCAAUGCUCUUUCCGAGUCGGCGCGCAAAGGCUGCCACCUUUGCUCCAUGUUCGUCGACAACAUAUCGGACCGAACGCGAGAAGAUUGGAAAAACGACCCUCAGCCGUUGCGCGCAGUUGUGAGGCAGGGUCAGGAAGAGCGGAGUCCCGAGUGCAUGCAACUCGAUUUAACGUUGGGCAAGUCCGCUUGGGACACAUACCCCAUUUCGUUGCACCGCCACCAGAGGACUGCGACAUCAAGCAAGCUGAGAUGCGCAAGCAUCAUCGAGAAGAAAGAUGUCUACCAGGAGGAGAACGAGCUUGCAAUGGCACUGAUGACUGGAGCCCGCCCGGCAUACGCAACAAUCAAGAAAUGGUUGCAGACGUGCCAAUCAGGCCAUGACGAUUGCAAAAUGGCCCAGAGUAACAAGAGCGGAAGACCAACUCGCCUCUUAGAUCUCGACGCGUUCAGGAAGUCAGCGGACAUCAAAUUGGUCAAUGGAACCGAUACUGGUACCAGCCAGUACGUCACGCUGAGCUACUGCUGGGGUGGAGUCAACCCCGUCACGCUGCGAACAACGAACAUCAACGAUUUCCGUGUUCGCAUUCCAUGGAGCACGCUUCCUCAAACGAUGAAGGAUGCCGUGACUGUAUGCCGGAAUCUCGCCGUGCGGUACCUCUGGAUCGACGCGCUUUGCAUCAUUCAGGGCGCUGAUGGUGAUUUCAGCACCGAAGCACCGCGGAUGGAGGCUGUCUACGCUGAUUCGGCAUUUACCGUGGCAGCCGCGUUCUCCAACAACAGUGAAGGAGGCUGUUUCCGCAGUGUUUCGCCAUUACAGCGGAGCGACUGCCUCGUUUCACAGGACAGCAAGUACACUGUAUUGCUCAAGUACACUGUAUUGCUCAAGGCGCGGGUGUCCUGCACGGCUUUUGACAACAUCCCGGGCUAUUGCCCGCUGGAUUCCCGUGGCUGGGUCUAUCAGGAGCGCAUGCUGUCUCCUCGCACCUUGUUUUUUGGCAAGGAUGAGAUCCACUGGGAGUGCAGAAAAGGCGUCAUUUGCGCUUAUGAACCCGAUUUUCAGAAGCCACACUUCCCGCCUUGGCUCAACUACACCCCGGUCAAGCAUAACUAUAUCAGGAUUCGCUCACUGGAGACGAAACCGCACUCGGCGGAUGCGAUAAAGCAGUUUCAACGCUUGUGGGUCAGCGUGAUCGAAGCCUACUCCCGGACCAAUCUCAGCUUUGCUCAAGACAAGCUCGCAGCAAUCGCCGGACUCGCGUCCAUAGCUCAGCAGAAACUGGCCAUUGAAGCGUCAUUCGGGCUCUGGCUCCCAUUUAUUCUGGAUGACCUGCUUUGGGAGGUCGAACCACAGCAACCAGAGCAGAAGGACUGGAAAGAAGAGCCGACUGAGAACCGCAACUGGGUCGCUGUCUCUUUGACUGGAAUCCCCAGCUGGUCAUGGGCAAGCACAAACGCCAACAUCUCGUUCAUCCAUGAGCCAGGGCCCAAAACUGGAAGACCGAUUGGUGAUGUUGAGAAGCUAUAUGUGGCGACGGUUACGGCGUCUCCCCCGCCAACAAUGUUCAUUGGGCUUGACACGCUUGUGUCGCAGCAUUCCACGCCGCCGGCAGUACGAAUUCGAGGUCAUCUUUCAAAGUGCCGCGCGACCCCAUACCAGGCCAGAUUUGGUCUCUGCGGCUUCGACCUCCAGCCCGACAGACCAAUCUCCGAAGCCGAGCGUCCCAAACAUUACGCGCCAUACAAGCGUGAAAAUUUACAGACGCACAGCUUCGCAAAGCACUUCAACAACGUCGUCCAACGAGGAAGGUUCAACUGUGUUUUCCAGCCAGAUCUUCCCGUUACCAAGCCGACAGACGACCUCAUGUGCGUCUUGAUUCAACGCAUCCGCUACAAGCCAUACGAUCAACCUGUUACUGUUCGGGAUGUUGGCCUCGUUGUGCAGCCCACUGGUGCGAAGAGAACUCAAUAUCGCAGAGUGGGCAUCUAUACCGAGGAGCGAUCUUACCGGGAUCCGCUUUCCAGUUUCAUGUUUCUGGGUUCCAAAGAUGAGAAAGAAGUAGAGAUUGUCUAG